AUGAGCUGGCGUUCGUCUGUUCUUGGAUUGCGGACAGGGUUGCAUGAUGUUGUCAAAAGGAAUGCUUCUACUGCGGUGACUGGAGAUGUUCCGCCUCUCCAUACUCUCCGCGCCCUCCUCCGCGAAUGCACCUAUCUGCCGGAUCCGCAGGCUCGAACCUACCUCUCUCGACACAUCAUCAAGCGAUUUCGUGCCUAUCAGGUUGCUGAGAAGCCUGUGGAUCCAGUCCGUCUUCAAACCCAACAUCAAGCUGCUCAGUCCGCAUUGAACCAACUUCGACGCGCAAACGCUGGCGAAGAGCAGCCGCUGAUCAAGACGUUGCUGUUGACAUAUGGACGUGUUGGAAAACGGAGAUGGGAACUGAUGCGACCUUUACUGCCGGCGGAAGGGCAGGAUGGAAAGGGUGCCGGCAGAGCGAGGGCGGCGAGGAGUGGAGGUGAGGAUGAACAGAAGCCUCUUCCGUCUCUCACUCCUCAACUCCACACCCUCCUUCUCUCACACGCUCGUGCCGACCCACCCACCUUGACCCGGCGGAAUCCAACGAUGAAGAAUCUCACACCGGAUGUGCCAAAGUUAAAUUCUUGGAUGAGACCGAUGCCACAAUCGAGGGUCCGAAAUUUGACCAAGCGGUGGUAUCGAGGUGCUCUGGAGCGUGUGCUGCCUCCAUUACCAAAACAGGAAUGGGAGAGAUUGAGGAGCUUGGCCCAGGGAAAGGCCGUGGAAGAUAUGAUURUGCAGAGGAGAGGUGGGGUGCGGCAGGAUACAGAUGGUGCAGGCGUGUCAACUGCGCUUGAAGCGAUUGUUGCAGGCGGGAGAGUUCCCGCGCAGAGGGUAGAAAGAGACGUCCAUCGUAUCACUCCACGAUUCAUGCGGAAGAUGUGGGCAAAGGUGUUUGUUCAAUGUCCACUAAUGGAGUGGGAUGGGCAGAAGGAUAAGUGGGUCGUGAUCUGGGGAGAGCAUGCGCUGUGA